AUGGAGAAUCACCCGGUGGUAAAUCAUCCGCCAGCUCCACCGGCCUCCGCGACAGACGACCAAGAAAUCCUUGACAACAUAGACGGCCGCUUGCACGGCCCCAUGAGCGGAUUUAUCAGAAGAUUCUUCGGUGACUUUCAACAUGUCCGCCAAGAUGUUUUGUUGGAAAAUCAGGCCCCAUCGCCCGACAAUUUCCUACAAUGGUUUUCCAACUAUGCAUCGCGGGAACUUGACGGCGCUCGAGGCUCGUGGCAUAUAUCUGGCGGCAAUGUAGCACCAGAGCACGGGAGUGCUGACGACGGCGCACGUCUCCUCUUGACCAUGCCCACUUCGCCGGCCUCCAACGUACAGCCAAGAUGGGACCAUGUUCAGGUUAUUGGCCAGUUUUACCACCGUGGCUGCGUUUAUCAGGAUGGACUAUUACGUCUCUGCCGGUCCGCACACCAGGUCUUCGCCAAUCAGCCUACGCGGCUCUUCUUGCAUGGCUUCUACAUCCGCGGUUCACUCGUCGAACUUUGGGUCUUUGAUCGAUCUGGCUUAUAUUGCAGCGACGUAUUCGAUGUUCAACAAGAUUUCAUCCAAUUUCUCUCUAUUAUUCUCAGCUACCAGCGGAUGACGGACCAGGACCUGGGCAAAAUCAACAUCAUCGAGACGGAUAAGGGCGGCAGCUACAUCAUCCUUGAUAGUGUGGUGAUUCCCUCUCCGGGAAAGCUCUAUCUCGAAAGCCAGCCAAUUGCGUCCCGCGAAGGCCUUGUUGGCACCGGGACAACUUGCUACCGGGCUAGAAUGCCUGAUUCGAAUCGAUGGAAUUACGUCGUGAAGUUCAAAUGGCGUUGGGCCAGGGAGCGUCCGGAGGACGAGCUUCUGAAGCUGGCCAAGGAGAAAUGCGUCUGGGGUGCCGUCUCCGUUGAUUACUACAAAGAAGUUGAAAGUACAGCAAAUCUGCGUCGAGGUCUCCGGUGGGGCACACACAGAAAAUUCGCCACGAUGCACUUUCGCGGAAGACAUGGAAGUAUCGAAGAGCAACGACAGGAAGCUACUUGUAAUGCCGACGGCCUUGUCGAAUAUACACAAGAAACCGACAACUUCUUUCAAAAUCGCAUCCUUGCCUGCAUCGUUACUUCUCCUGUCGGCAGAUCCCUUCACACUUUUCAGUCUCCAACAGAAUUGCUUCAAAUUCUUCACCAAGAUAUAUCCCCGGGGAACAUGAUCAUUCUGGAUGACCAAGAUGAAGCAAAGCCGAAGGGGAUCCUGAUAGACCUUGAUUCCGCAAUAGAGCUCGCCCAAGGAUUAGGAACAGAGCCUGGAAUUACCGGCACCAGACCAUUUAUGGCUAUUGGCGUUCUGAAGGGUGAAUGUCAUACUUAUCGGCACGACCUAGAGUCCUUCCUUUACGUUUUCCUGUGGACAAUGAUAACAAACCACACGGAGAAUCCCCCAGAGACAAGCAAGCUUCGACAAUGGAGCAAUGGCGACUGGGACGAACUAGCGGCACGCAAGCCUCUUGAUAUGGAUCAGAAUAGUUUUCGGAAUAUUCUGGAGGAAUUUCCUCUCGAAUUUCACUCCCUUAAGCCGCUCGCCGAAUGUCUUCGCCAAAUUCUAUUUCCCCUACGGAAUGGGGUAGUUUGGACAGGGACCGACAGCUCGCCCGAGGCUGUAGACAAGCUCUACGAUGGAAUGAUCCGCGCGUUCGAAGAGGCCAUUGCUUCUGAGGGUGGAAGAUGGAUGUAA